ACAAACAUGGGUCUCCCACGCAUCCUCUCCCUCUCCACUUUCCUUGUUUUGUCAUCUUUAGUUUUUGCAUCUGCUAGCGUGUCUCGUUCUUACACUCCACCUUCUACCAUUGAGCCUCUCUCGUACACAUCAACUCCAGUUUAUAGUCCCUCGCCUGAAUCUGAAACUUCAUCAUACACUUCAACCCCACCUUAUAGUCCAUCUCCCUCUCCCGCGUAUGAAACUCCGUCCUAUACUACUCUAAGUCCACCAUAUAGCCCAUCUCCAUCUCCUGAGUAUGACACUCCAGCAUACACCACUCUAAGUCCACCAUACAGCCCAUCCCCAUCUCCUGAGUAUGAGACUCCAGCAUACACCCAAAGUCCUCUUUACAGUUCCCCACCUUCAUAUGAAACUCCAUCAUACACUCCAACACCAGUCUACAGUCCAACCCCAGACACUAAGACCUCAUCAUACACAUCAAGCCCACCUUACAACCCAACACAAAAGUAUGACACCCCAUCAUACACCCCAAGUCCGAUUUACAGCCCAUCUCCUAAGUACGAAACCCCAAGUCCGAUUUACAACCCAUCUCCUAAGUACGAAACUCCUUUGUACACCCCAAGUCCAACCCACAGCCCAUCUCCUAAGUACGAAACCCCAAGUCCGAUUUACAACCCAUCUCCUAAGUACGAAACUCCUUCGUACACCCCAAGUCCAACCUACAGCCCAUCUCCUACGUACGAAACCCCAAGCCCAACCUACAGUCCAUCUCCUAAGUAUGAGACACCUUCAUACACGUCAAGUCCAAAUUACAGCCCACCUCCUAAGUACGAAACCCCAUCCUAUACCCCAAGUACAACAUAUAGCCCAUCUCCUAAGUAUGAAACACCAUCAUACACCCCGAGUCCAAUUUACAGCCCAUCACCUAAGUAUGAAACCCCAUCUUACACCCCCACUAAAACUUAUAGUCUUUCUCCUAAGUAUGAGACUCCAUCCGACACCACUACUGUGACUUACAGCCCUUCUCCCAAGUACAACACUAAAACAUACACUCCAAGUACUACUUACAGUCCAUCUCCAAAGUACGAAACUACAUCUUACACCCCUACUCCAAUUUACAACCCAUCUUCAGAAACCAAAUCAUAUGAAACUCCAACAUACAGUCCAUCUCCCAAAUACGAAACCCCAUCAUAUACCCCAAGUCCAACUUACAGCCCAUAUCCUAUGUAUGAAACUCCAACAUACACGCCUACACCAAUUUAUAGUCCAUCUCCUAAGCAUGAAACUAUGUACACCCCAAGUACUAAUUAUAGCCCAUCUCCCAAGUAUGUAACUCCAUCCUACACACCCACUUCAACUUAUAGUCCAUCUCCUAAGUAUGUAACUACAUCCUACACACCUACUUCAACUUACAGCCCAUAUCCUAAAUACAAUACUCCAUCCUACAACCCAUCUCUUAAGUAUGAAUAUGAGACUCCAUAUGUUUCUACCCCGAUAUAUAGUCCAUCACCCAAGUAUGAGACCCUAUCAUACACCCCGUCAGCAACUUACAAACCUUCUCCCAAGUAUAAGACUCCUUCAUACACCCCAUCAUCAACUUAUAGCCCUUCUCCAAAGUAUGAUGCAACAUCAUACACCCCAACGUCCACUUACAAGCCUUCUCUAACGUACAAGACUCCUAACACUCAAACCCCAACAUAUAGCCCAUCUCUUAAAUACGAGACUCCAUUAUAUAAGCCUACCUCAUCGUAUAGCCCUUCACCUAAAUAUAACACCCAAUCAUAUACCCCAACCACAAUGUACAACCCUUCUUCUAAGCACUCUCCUAAAUAUGACACUCUAUCAUACACCCCAUCUACAACUUAUAGUCCAUCUCCAAAGUACGAUGUCUCUUCAUACACCCCUACCUCAUCUUACAAUCCAUCCCCUAAGCAUAAGACCCAAUCAUACAAAGUUUACGGUGUACAAGGUGUCAUAUAUUGCAAGUCUUGCAAUGAUUUCAAACCAAUUGAAGGUGCAAUAGCCAAAAUUUCAUGUGAGGCAAAGACUGGGUAUGGAUACAAGGCAGCUAAGUUUUCAAUGUUGACUCCCAAAACUGAUAAGAAUGGUUAUUACUUGGCUACAUUUACUCAAGAACAACUUGGUAAACAUUUACAACCAACAGAUUGCAAAGUUUAUCUUGAAAGUUCUCCAUCAUACACUUGCAAUGUUGCUACAAAUAUGCAUCUUGGAGUAAGCGGAGCUCCCCUAACUUAUUCAAAACAAAUAACUGAGUACCAAAAAACAUACACCUUAGAGUUGUACUCUAUUCCAAUUUUUGCUUACAAGUCAAGUGCUAAAUGCGAAUAUUAUCCAGCUUAUUACCAAAGAAACACCCCAUCAACCUACACGCCAAAAUCAAGCUAUGAGACAUACACUCCAAAAUAUUCCCCAUCUCCGAAAUAUACCCCAUCAACUUAUACUCCAAAAUCAAGCUAUGAGACUUACACUCCAACAUAUUCUCCAUCUCCGAAAUACACCCUAUCAACUUAUACUCCAAAAUCAAGCUAUGUGGCUUACACUCCAGAAUAUUCUCCAGCUCCGAAAUACACUAUAAAAUCAAGCUCUGAGACUUACACUCCAUAUUAUUCUCCAUCUCCAAAAUCAAACUAUGUGAAUUACACUCCUGGAUACACCCCAUCAACCUACUUUCCAAAACCAAGCUCCUACUCUCCAAAGUACACUCCAUCCACAUACAGACCAACAUCGGACUAUGAGACUUCAAAAUACACCCUAUCAACCUACUCUACAAAGUCAAGCGAUGAAGCUUCAUCAUAUGUCUCACCAUCAACCUAUACUCCAAAAUCAAGUUAUGAGAGUCCAUCAUGCGAUACAACACCAUCUUACACACCUGGAUCAGCUUCUAAGGCUCCACCUUACACUGAAGAAAGGUACAGUCUAAGUAGUGAAACUCCAUCCUACAUUGCACCAAAGUCAAGUUAUGAAACUUCAUCAAACUAUACACCUCAGUCAAGUUAUGAAGCACCAUCAUCUUAUGCUCCAAAAUCAGAGGAUAAAACUACUACCUACACUAACUACGGAUACUAAGAGAAAUUAAAUCAUGAGUUUUUAUAAGCUAUGAUUAUGUUUGAUUAUAUGUGGCCUAUUGUGCCAUAUCUACUACUGAAUUGGUUAAAAAAUUUAAAUUUUUAUUUACAUUUUUUUUAAUUCUUAUGCA